AACACUUUGCCUUGUUCCUUUCUUCUCUGCUGUUUAACUUCGAACACAAUGCUCUGGUAUCAGACAAGGCUUGCUCGAUCAUCUGCUUGUUUGCUGUCACAAUGUAGCCUACACAAAUCCGAAACAUUUCUUCGCUAUCGAGUUUGCUAGCGCAGGCGCAGUGAUACUGACCGGCAGAAUAACAUCCGGUUGUUCCCAAAGAUGAUCUUUUUUCUCAAAUCAUUUUACGUUUCCGGACUUAAGUAAGAGUCAAAAUUUGGGUGCGUAUUAUACAGGCUUUUUUCCAGCAGCGACAUGCCAUUUUUAGGGUCCGUAUUAUACAUGGAAAAUUACAGUAUAUGUUUUGUGAUGACGUUUAUUAGCAGUAGUGCAAUAGGAUGUGAAAAGAGACCAAAGGAGAUUAGUUUGAGCAUAUUGAUUUAUUGUUAACAAAUGCUCUGUAAAGAUGUGGAUUAGUGGUUAGGGAUGGAGCACUAUGGACGAGUCCGGUCAGAGAAUCUUGCAUCAACUUUAUUCUCAACAACAGGACGUAACGACAAGGAAGCGGAGCCAGCAGCAAAGUCAUUGUCAAGCAGCCUCGAGGACCAGGAAGGAGUCUUAAGAAGAGCAGACUUUGGCCUCCAGCUUCUCGGAAAUGCCGCCACCUUCUGGGCUUUGGACGUUCAUGCGGGAAAGAUGGCUAUGGAUAUGAAAAUCAAGGGCCUGCUGUUGGAAACGCUGGAAGGCCUGGGGCAGGACGACUUCAAGAAGUUCAAGUUUUUUACGGACCUGCCCGAGAGCAUCACAGAAGACGCAGACCGGACUGACAUCGCCAAACAGCUGAUGAACAGGCACGGCAAUAACGCGGGGGAGAAGACCAUCGAGAUUCUGGAGAAGAUCAACAACUACAACCUGGCCCAGAAGCUGCGCAACGUCCUGCCGCAAAUCACAGGUAGCAUCUCCUCAGUGGAUAACGAGCAGAUCGGCAAAUUCAAGCGGGAGCUGCAAGAGAACCUGCGGAAGAUCUACCUCAACGUUCCCGAGGGCAACACGGAGUACAGCUGGCAGAAGCCUCUGGAGAACGUCUACACCGACCUCAACAUUACCCGCGGCGUCGCCGGUCUCCCCGACAAGCAGCACGAGGUCCUUCAGAUGGAGAUGUGCAGCGUGGCCGAGGAGGAGUCCAUCCAGCCGUGCGACAUCUUCCAAAGCCAGGAGCCCCUUCGCACGAUGCUCACCGUGGGCUUCGCGGGCAUCGGGAAGACUUUCCUGGUGCGCAAGUUUGUCCUGGACUGGGCCAGCGGGAGAACCAACACAGACGUGGACUUCAUCUUUCCCUUCGCCUUCCGCGAGUUGAACUUGGAGGAGAACAAUAGCUUUUCGCUGGCGGAGCUCAUCCGACUCUUUGUCUGGGAGAGCAAGGCUAUCAAGAUGCUGGACCAGAUCUUGGUCAGUCUGCAAGAGUCGCCCAACCGCCACUACCAGUCCAGCAAGAUCAAGAUUUUGUUUGUGCUGGACGGCCUGGACGAGUCCCGCCUCAAACUGGACCUGAGCGACGAGCGCAAGAAGCGCCUGGAUGUGACCGGAUCCUACCCCGUGGAGGUGCUCCUGGCGCAUCUCAUCAAGGGGAACCUGCUUCCCUGCGCCCGGGUUUGGAUCACCACGCGGCCCCAGGCGGCCCACGACAUCCCGCCGCGCCUGGUGGACGGCAGAACCGAGGUGAAAGGCUUCAGCGACUCCCAGAGGCUGGACUACUUCAGGAAGAAGUUCCCCGCCGAGGAGGACGUCAUCCAGCACAUCCAGAAGUCCCGCACCAUUCUCAUCAUGUGCCACUUGCCCAUCUUCUGCUGGCUCAUCGCCACCGUUCUCCAAGACUGUCGGAAACACGGAAAGGAGCUGCCCGAAACCCUGACCGAGAUGUACACAGGGUUCCUGCUCUAUCACCUGUACAAGUCCAAGGAGCGAGACAGCCAGAAGAGCACGGACUACGUCAAAGCGCUGGCCAAGCUGGCUUUUCAGCAGCUGAUGAAAAAGCAACAGAUCUUCUACGAGAGCGACUUGCGGGAAAGCGGCUUGGAUGACCCGCAGGGCGCAAAACACUCGGGAGUCUUCACCGUGGUCUUCAAGGAGGUACCCCCGCUCCAGAAAUACCAACAAGGCAAGAUGUUUCAGUUCAUCCACCUGACCGUCCAGGAAUAUCUGGCCGCUCUCUACGUGAUGAUGAGCCUGUUCCAGGACAAAAAGAACGUGCUGAACGGGUGGACGCUGAAAGACCUCCUGUUGUUUUGGAAGUGGAAGCAGCUCACUUGGGUACACGAGAUGGCCAUCCGCAAAGCCUCCGAGAGUGAGGGAAACCUGGACUUGUUCCUCCGCUUCCUGCUGGGCCUCUCCUUGCAGUCCAACCAGGAUCUACUGGGUGAGCUGCUGAAGGUUCCCAAGAACUACAGACACAGCAACGCAGAAACGGUCCGCUUGAUUGAGCGACGGAUCAAGCGGAAUUCUCCCGAGGAGAACAUCAACUUGUUCUACUGCCUGAAGGAGCUGAAGGACGAGUCCCUGCUGGAGCAGAUGCAACAAUACCUCAAAGGGGGGAAAUUGUCCACGGAGGACCUACCUCCGGCCAUGUGGUCGGCCCUGGUCUUCUUCUUGCGGGCUUCCGACGAAGCCAUGAGCUGCUUCGAACUCGGGAAAUACGCUCCGUCCGAGAAGGGGCUCCUGAUGCUGCUGCCGGUGGUCAAGGCUUCUCAAAAAUCAGUGCUCCGGUGGUGCAAGUUGAGCAAGAAAAGCUGUGAGGCGCUGGCCUCCGUUCUAAGCGCGUCCCGCACCCUGAGCCAUCUGGAUCUCAGCUGGAACACCUUGCACGACGACGGGCUGGAGGCGCUCGCCGCCGGACUGGCAAAGCCGCAGUGCACCUUGGAAGUUCUCGAGCUCCAGUGGUGCCGGCUGAGCAAGAAAAGCUGUGAGGCGCUGGCCUCCGUUCUAAGCUCGUCCCGCACCCUGAGCCAUCUGGAUCUCAGCAGGAACGACUUGCGCGAUGACGGGCUGGAGGCGCUCGCCGCCGGACUGGCAAAGCCGCAGUGCACCUUGCAAGUUCUCGAGCUCAUGAACUGCAAGCUGAGCGAGAAAAGCUGCGAGGCGCUGGCCUCCGUUCUAAGCUCGUCCCGCACCCUGAGCCAUCUGGAUCUCAGCGCCAACGGCUUGCGUGACGAUGGGCUGGAGGCGCUCGCCGCCGGACUGGCAAAGCCGCAGUGCACCUUGCAAGUUCUCAGGCUCUAUCGCUGCAAGCUGAGCAAGAAAAGCUGCGAGCCGCUGGCCUCCGUUCUAAGCUCGUCCCGCACCCUGAGCCAUCUGGAUCUCAGCGCCAACGGCUUGGGUGACGAUGGGCUGGAGGCGCUCGCCGCCGGACUGGCAAAGCCGCAGUGCACCUUGCAAGUUCUCGGGCUGGUGCGGUGCAAGAUCGGCACGCGAGGAUGCGUCUCACUGGCCAAGGCUCUCCGGUCCAACCCCUCCCACCUCCAACAGCUGACCCUGACCUCGAAUGACCCCGGAGAGGUAGGAAAGCGGGCCUUGGAGGAGGUCCAAAUGGAUUCUCGCUGCAGUCUGAAGAUCAAGAUGUCAUACGUGGCUUCGAUUUUUAAGGAGAUUUCUGAGGACGAAUGGAUGGCUGGAUCGCAGCUCGCGAAGGAUGCGUUUCCCCUGGAGCGUAUGGCUGAGGACGCCCGCUGUCCAAAAGGAAACGGCAAAGCCUGUCCUUCACGUUAGUGGCUUGAUUCUCCGACCGAGGAUAAGGCAUAAAUAUUUCCACAUUUCACAAAUAAGACGUGUGCUCCUGACACUCUCCUGCCAUCCACACUCGUGGCGGGCGGGCCUUGACCCUUGACCCUCCCCUUCCUCGCCUAAUUUGACCUGCUGGCCGACCAAUGGUGAAUGUUGAUGCCAAUAAUAAUUGCAAUCAUCAUGCCUUCAAUUGACUUGUUUUUGAAUGCAUUUUGAUGACUAAACCGCCACGAAAGUUGUACAAGUUUUAGAAUGAACUAUGACUCUCAUUAUUGUGUUACGAUGGAGCGUACACCUGUAUGUCAUUUGUUGUGCGUUUUAUGCCGUAUUUUGUGUUUAUUGCAGUGACGUGAAGUUUUCUCAUGUAUGUAACUGUCAGACUUGGAGCAGGGAGAGCACUCGGAUGCAGAGUGCCAACAAAAGGUCUCUCAGGCUGAAGACAGCACAAAAAACAAAAGGCGCCUCAAAAUGAGGGACAAAAAGGCUGCGGACAACAAAAACCAAAUGCGCCUCAAAACGAGGGAAGAAGGCUGGAGACAGCAAAACAGAAAGCGCCUCAAAUCGAGGGAAAUACGAUGGCAAAAACCUAACUCAACAAAACCACAGAGCUCAGGCUGGACAAAAGGUAUCUUCUAACUACCAUCUCGAAGGGGAUUUCUGUGACUUACGUGAUCGCUAGCGUUCAAGACGGACUGGACAAAAGGGAAGAGUCAAAAUUCGGGUGCGUAUUAUACAUGGGUACAGGCUUUUUUCCAGCAUCAACAUGCCAUUUUUAGGGUGCAUAUUAUACAUGGGGGCACCUUAUACAUGGAAAAAAAACGGUAUUCUGACAAACGUUUAACUUUACUCCCAACAUUUGAAAAAAUAUAGCUGUACUUUUUUUUCUUCAACAUUUUCAGAUUUAAAACGAUCGAAAGUUGUAAAUAGAGAGCGCUAACUAAGAUAGCUUAAAAAACAGUGUUCAAAAUUUCCAGCCUGAAAAAAAACACUUCCAAGACAGGGAAGUAGUAUUUUUUCAGAUGUAUCGCUAGCACAUUUUGCUAGAACAUGAAAUUGAUUUUUGUAUUGACUUAUUCACUUAUUCAGCCCUUUUGUUGGAUUUAUGUUCUCCUGAGUGAAUGUGUUGGUUUAUCUUUUGUUGUGGAAAGAUGUUCUUCUUAAUUGUCGUUUUAUUUUGGAGGUGAUUUUGUUUUGGUGAUCAUGGAAGACUUCACUUCCUGUUCCGGGUUGUUUUGUAGCGUGAACCGCAUGCAAUAUGCGAUGUGUGUAUAUGUUUGCCCUCCUGUGUUGCGGACAAGAAAAUAAACGGGAAAAGUAAUCAACCAA